GAGGUAGAAGGUAGGUUAGGUCUGCCCCGGCAGAUCCCGCCACGGAUGGGAAUCCGCCUGACCAUUGAUGAAUUUGUUUGCUUUUCUCUCUUCUCGCAUCCAAUUUGCACCAAACCCCGUUUCCCUAACCUGCCAGUUGCCGGUUCGACUCGAGACACGUCGGCACAGACAUGACAACGCUCGCGACCGCUCCGAGCCCCCGCAACUUUCGAUUUUGAUGGACUCGGGUCAAAUUCACGUCGACGUACCCGCGAACCUGAUGAAGUCUUGGAUGGGACAGAGUUGGUGACCUAGCGCGUCUCCCGAAUGACAGCUGGGCGGUGCGGUGGCCGCACAAUGUCGUCGUACUUGCUCCUAGCCAUCGUCGGGGCGUUAUUCGUACCCGGCUUGGUCAAGGCCGAUGACAUUCCUGCUUUAUGGAUCGAGCCGUCUCUAAAGUGGUACGGCAUCGACGGCAAUUGGUCUUCGCUCGGUCUCUUCGUGGGAGAGCCAGCCCAAGAGAUUGACGUUACCGUGAGCACGAGUUUGUCCGAGAUUUGGGUUGUUGGACCUGGCGGAUGUAGUCCUAAUGCUCUCUGCGCCGCCGCUCGCGGGGGAAUCUACAACAACAGCGCAUCGCGAAGCUGGUCGCCGCUUGGUGCUUGGCGCCUCGGACUAGAGUAUCUCGGGCUUGGGGGGAAUGGCGACUAUGGGAUGGAGACGGUUGUCGUGUACGACAGCGUGCGACGUUGGCAAACCUCCUUCAAUAAGCAACUUGUCGCCAGCAUCAUUGAGACCGGCUAUUACACCGGCUUCUUUGGGCUGGGUAUUACUCCGGGACGCUUUGAGGACGUUGUCGCGAACAGCCCCAUUGCCACGCUGGUCCAACAGGAUGGCACCAUUCCGAGUCAUAGCUACGGUUACACGGCUGGGGCCUAUUAUGGUGGCUCGCGGGGAACUCCUUUGUCACUGACACUGGGUGGCUACGAUACCAAUCGCUUCGAGCCUCACGACGUCAAAUUUAGCUUGAAUUCCACCACAAGGCAGCCCGAUGUGCUCGUAAGGGCCAUCACCGCAUCUGUUACUGACGCUAGCAGGGCGCCGACACCUUGGUCAGCCUCGUCGACCACGUUGUCGUCUUUCAACGAAUCCAUGGUUGCUCUGCUUGACAGCUCAACCCCCUAUCUUUGGCUUCCGUCAGCCAUAUGCGACCGAUUUGCGGCCAGUUUUAACCUUACAUGGGACGAGAGGUUCGGCCUCUACUUGUUCCCUGACCACGAAAACCUUGAUCGUUUCCGCUCGUCGCCGGGUCUCUCUUUUGCCUUUGCGCUGUCGAGUGCGGACAAUCGCGACAACUUUGGGCGGCCCCUAGACGUCCCGGGAGUUGUGAAUCUUACGAUUUCCGCCAACGCAUUUAUCCAGAGCCUUCGCUACCCGUUCAUGAACCUUAUCGAAUACGGCGCACCGGCGCAGCCCUAUUUCCCCCUUAAACGGCUUGAGAAUGGGAGUAGAGUUGUCAUCGGGAGAACCUUCUUCCAGGAAGCUUAUUUGAUCACGAAUUACGAAACGGGUACGUUUUCGGUCCACAAAGCCAAGUUUCCAGAGAGGCCGCUUCGGGAUACAUCUAUUCAAACUGUAGCAACCUUCGAACAUAGCCCCUACCCCGGCCCGCCGGAACGGCCUAGUGACGGGGGUCUUACUGAGUCUCAAACUAUCGGCUUAGCGGUGGGUGCCUGUGCUCUAGGUAUAGGUGCCAUCGCGACUUUCUGGUUUGUUCGUCGAAGGAGGAGAAACCAAAGAGCGUCGGGAAGCGCUGAAGAGUCGGAUAAGGACAAAGCCUCCACAAUCGAAUUGUCGCCACCUAAUACACCGGUAGCCCGGAUCGUCUCAAAGAUGUCGAAGAAUUUCCCAACCAGGAAGUCUAAGAAGGGGAGCACACGCUCAGGGCGCUCAAAACGUUCAGAUCACGACGAGCGAGAUGAGCAGGAAUUGAACAAAGAGCUUGGCGUGUACGAAUUUGCGGCGGACCAAAACCACGAGCGUUAUGAAUUGCCCGGCCCGGAACCCGUAGAACUGGACAGUACUAUGACGAAGGGGCCGGCAGAUGCCGGCAGGGGAGGGUAUAGGACGAAUACCUACGAAUAUGCACAAUGUCAGCCAGAGCAGCAGAAACGAGGACUCAUGUCUAAAUACAACCCUCGUAUGAUGGAUUUAUCGGCUAGGGCCUACCACAGUACCAAUUCAACGACGCAGUAUGGGUCAUCGGCUCGUAUCGAAAGUCCCUCCCCAGCAUCAAGCCCAACACACGACACGCUAAGCAACAACAUUCCUUCACCACUGAGCUCCCGGAGCGACUGGACGAACGGAAUAUCGGACGUUUCUUCUCCCCUAGGUUUCGUACCCGCCCACACCCUCUCACAUUCGACUUCUAAUCCGAACAUUGCUUAUGCACCGCCAUCGCCGUCCUCUCUAAGCGGUCCUAAGAGUGGGUCACUUGGCCGUUCCGCCUCUACUGUCGGGUUUCCAAUGUCGAACGCCCAUCAACCCACAACGACCCCAGCCUCUUUCCAAAGGGCACCGAUCGAGUCGUCCCGGGUGGUAUGUCUCGGGCCUCUGCCGGACAGCGUUCGUUUGCCCCAGGAAACUUCGACACAUGGGGUCCUUCAUAUUGAUGGACGCAUUAUUGCCAUGCCUCCCAUGCCCCCAAUCCCAUCCGACGAUGGCGAAUCGCAUCGUGCUCUCAAAUCUAAUCGUGUGUCCACGGCCGACACGCUAGGCAGCAACUACACUCUCGAGGAGGAGGCUCGGAUGGCGGCGUCGCGAGAAACGAUGAAUAUCUUCGGCCGGAUAGAGGGAGCAGAUAUCAUCCAUAUACCUCAGCCAGCCUCAAGACGAUAUAGCUGGGAGGAACAGUGACCUACGUGGACCCCUCGAACAUUUCACAGCUCAAACUUCCGCAAUUCUUACUGGUUCCUUGUUCCUUUUACGCAUCUGCUUUCUUUCGACCC